AUGCCUGUUGGAACUGUCCUCGUUACCGGUGGCACCGGCUACAUUGGCUCCUUUACCACCUUGACCCUCCUCGAAAACGGUUACGAUGUCGUCAUUAUCGACAACCUCUACAACUCGUUCGAAAAUGUGCUCGAUCGCAUUGAGAAGCUCUGCGGACGCCGCCCUACCUUUUACAAGGUUGACUUGACCGACGAAAAGGCCAUCGACGUCGUGUUGGACAAGCACCCUGAGAUCGACUCUGUGAUUCACUUCGCCGCCCUAAAGGCUGUUGGCGAGUCCGGCGAGAUCCCUCUCGAGUACUACCGUGUCAACGUCGGUGGCAGCAUCAACCUGCUGCGCUCCAUGACCCGCCAUAAUGUCUCUAGCAUCGUCUUCUCCUCCUCUGCCACAGUCUACGGCGAUGCCACCCGAUUCCCCGACAUGAUUCCCAUUCCAGAGCACUGCCCGAUUGGCCCUACAAACACCUACGGCCGCACCAAGUCCACCAUUGAGGACGUCAUUACCGACCACGUCAACGCUGAGCGCAAUAGGCUGAAGAAGGAGUGCAAGCCCUUCGAGCAGUGGAACGGUGCUCUUUUGAGAUACUUUAAUCCCUGUGGCUCCCACCCCAGCGGUAUUAUGGGCGAGGACCCCCAGGGUGUCCCGUACAACCUGCUGCCUCUGCUUGGUCAGGUUGCCACUGGCAAGCGCGAGAAGCUCCUCGUCUUUGGUGAUGACUAUUCUUCUCGCGAUGGCACUGCCAUUCGCGACUACAUCCACGUCAUCGACCUUGCCAAGGGACAUCUCGCUGCCCUGCAGUACCUUCGCGACAACAAGCCUGGUGUCAAAGCCUGGAACCUCGGAUCCGGACGCGGCAGCACCGUCUUCGAAAUGAUCAAGGCCUUUAGCACUGUUGUUGGUCGCGAUCUCCCGUACGAGGUUGUUGCCCGGCGCCAGGGCGAUGUCCUCGAUCUCACUGCCAAUCCUACGCUUGCGAACCAGGAACUCAAGUGGAAGACCGAGAUGCCUUUGGAAAAGGCAUGUGAGGACCUAUGGCGUUGGGUCAGCAACAACCCCCAGGGCUACCGACAGGAGCCCCCGGCUGAGCUGCUGAACGCCGUCCAGACACCCAAGGCCUAG